AUGGGUUAUGUGAAGAGCGGUUAUGCCUCGCGGCCAAACAAGCGCGCGAAAAAAGUGACCGAGAAAUUGUAUUAUGAGCACAUAGCAAAGCUUCGAAAUCGAGAAACCAAGUCGAACCGUAAUCGACAGGGUUCUGAGAGGAGCCGUUUGCGACUUCAAGAUUUAUCUCGCGACGUUUUGGAACGUAUUUUUGUAUUUUCAGGACGCAAUAGUCCGUUGCCGCUGCUGAAUUGGCAUUUUUUCAAGUGUUUGAAACCCUCACAGUAUUUGAUAGAACAGUAUCUGAGGGUGAACUUUGUCUUUGACGUCAAUGCAGCACUAAAACCCUCGAUGAGCUCGUCUUAUCGCCCCUGGUGGGUACUGGCCGAUUGUGCGCUCGAAGUUCCCCUGAUAUUGAGAUUUCUGAAUGCAUCGCCUUCUUUUUUGGAUUUCAUCGAUGAGAUCGCUGUUCUCGAAGAUGUCGAGGCCACACAGCAGCUCAGGUUCGAGCAGUUCAACGAUAAAACAUUGCCCAACCUGGAAACUCCAUUAAACACUCCCGAGUUAAAUCCAACUACAGAGAAAUCGCUGCGAGAUUUUCCGGCAACUGUUUACAAAUGGCCUGCUCUCUUUUUUCAAAAUGAUAUUUUUACAAAACCAGUCGUGUACAACCAGCUUCUGCUGCGCCUUCACUCAGAAUAUGCGAUCCAGAGCCCGUCAUUGACUGCCGAAUCCGUUAUGCAGUGGUUUUUCAUUGAUACGGCAAGUGUGACACUGCAAUUGGACAUCAAUUGCCUCUUCUUUGCCCUGAAUCUGAUAACGCAUCUAUCUGUUCAGAACAAACGCAGCUUCGAGGACGUUCAUCCAUUGAUACACUUUAUCGACUUUUUGUACAUUUCGGUUACGCCACGCUUGCUGCCGUUGUUACUAUGCGAAAAACUGCAAGAUCAGCAUUUGAUAAGUGCUCGCAAAGCGAAAAUCGUUGGAAAAUUCAUCCGCAAAUUUUAUAGCCAUGACUUGAGUCUAUUAUGCGAAGACGAUCUCUGGAUCAAGCUCAACGAGGUUAAGGACCAUACCCUGGUUGAAAGAGUGUCUGGAUUUGGCGGCAAGCCUGGUUUUAAUGUGGUGAAGUGA